GAAUCCUGCAACUCGGAGAUGCUAUAUUUUGUAUCAUUCAAAAUACGAACACUCAUUUGAAAACUUUUAUCCGUUCGUUUAUUCAAAACAUUUUUGUUCAUGUUUAAGCAGCAAUGACCUACAUUUAUAAAAUUAGGAAAAACAAAAGUUGAACACGAAAAUGACAACGUUAAAGCCCCCAAAUAAGCCACGGUUACGUAGGGUGGUCAGUUACAACCAGGUUGAUGAUGCAAACUCUUUGGAAAAGAAAGAAAAAAUGAAUCAACCGGAUAAACCAUGUCAUAGACCAACUGACUCUCUCUUCAGCUCAUCAAGUGGCUUCAACAACUACAGGGGGCUCCUGAAUCUCUGUAUAGUUCUAUUGGUAUUGUCAAAUGCCAGGGUUGCCUUAGAAAAUAUAAUCAAAUAUGGUAUUUUAAUAGAUCCACUGUCAGCUGGAUCAGUGUUCUUCAAAGACCCCUAUAAUUGGCCAUCGGUAUUACUUAUACUAACUGCCAAUGUGUUUGUGCUGUUCACAUUUGCUGUGGAGCUUGGAUUGUCUAAUUGCCGAAUAUCUGAAGACUUUGGGAGGAUGUGCCACACAAUAAACCUCCUUGCAGUAAUUGUGUUCCCAGCUACUGUAGUGCUCAUUGUUCACCCCAUUCCUUUUUUUUCAUCUGCUGCACUGGGAAUCUAUGCUAUCACAUUCCUGAAGCUAGUCUCGUAUAUAGCCACCAAUCAAUGGUGCCGAGCCAACAUUGCUGCAUCCAGACGCCAGAGGGUACGCUCUAUGUCUCUAUAUCCCAAAGAUGGUGCCAAUGGUGUUGUAUCAUCCAGCAUUGUGCUUACACAAUACCCAGAUAACUUGACUUUAUCAGAUUUGUAUUACUUCAUGCUGGCUCCUACCUUAUGUUAUGAGUUGAACUUCCCACGCUCAGCCAGGAUAAGAAAGCGGUUUCUCUUGAAAAGAAUUGCAGAAAUGAUUUUCCUGUUCCAGCUAAUUAUAGGACUCUGUCAACAGUGGAUGAUACCAACUGUGAACAAUUCCAUGAAGCCAUUUCAAGAUAUGGAACUACAGGUUAUUGUAGCCAGGGCUCUUAAACUAGCUGUGCCAAACCACCUGAUCUGGUUGAUGUUCUUCUAUUGGUUCUUUCACUCGUGCCUUAAUGUGAUUGCCGAGUUACUGAGGUUUGGAGACCGAGAGUUCUACAGAGAUUGGUGGAAUGCUGAAUCAGUGACAGAAUUCUGGUCCAACUGGAAUGUUCCGGUUCACAAGUGGGCAUCACGCCACCUAUACAAACCCAUGUUAACUAGAGGAUACACCAAGAUGCAGGCAUCCAUUGUGGUUUUCUUUGCUUCCGCCUUUUUUCAUGAGUACCUUGUGAGUGUGCCAUUGAGGAUGUUCAGGCUGUGGGCCUUCUCUGGCAUGUUGGCGCAGAUUCCAUAUGCGAUAUUUGUAGCAAAAUAUCUCCAUGGCAAGUACGGCAAUAUGGCAGUUUGGAUCUCAUUGAUAAUUGGCCAGCCCACGGCAAUAUUAAUGUACGUCCAUGACUACUACAUCCUACACUACGGAUCUGUAUCAUAGACAUCACACCACAGGCCUGUAGCCAGGGGGGUUCGGAGGUUCGAGCAUACCCCCACUAGCCAAAAUUUCUAUCAAAAAUUCUUGGCAAAAUCUGGCUAAGGGCCUGCACCAGUGCAAUAAAUCGGACCGGUGUUGAAUUGUUAAAACAGUAAAGAGUCCUCACUAUGGAGUAUAAUACUAUCCUCUUAAAUUGAUAAUAGAUCCUUAUAUUAUAGGCUACAUAGUUACAGUAAAACCUGUGGAAUACAUCUAUAAGUAGAACAACUCAAGAACACAUUUAUGUCUUAUUACCCCUUUAACUGAAUGUACAUUAACCUGUGUUGAUGGUACACAUCCCAAUGAACCAGAUGCGAGUAGGUAGUUACCAGUUUUACCACCAGGUGGCUAAUUUGGGUCGGAUAGCAUGGC